CCUAGAUUUUAUAGGCUCUUUGAAACCCUUACUCUGCCUUCGAUCUUGUAUCUUCGCCUCCGCCCGCCCCCUCUCUGAACUCAGGCAUCCAAUCUGCCUCUUUCCCUUAUUCAAUUAUGCCUCCCAAGUUCGAUCCUUCUCAGGUUGUCGAUGUUUUUGUCCGAGUCACCGGAGGUGAGGUCGGAGCGGCCAGUUCUCUCGCUCCUAAAAUCGGUCCUCUAGGUCUCUCACCAAAGAAGAUCGGAGAGGACAUUGCUAAGGAGACGGCUAAGGAAUGGAAGGGUCUUAGGGUUACUGUUAAGCUUACUGUCCAGAACCGUCAAGCCAAGGUCUCGGUUGUUCCCUCUGCUGCUGCUUUGGUCAUCAAGGCUCUCAAGGAGCCUGAGCGGGACCGCAAGAAGACUAAGAACAUCAAGCACAAUGGUAACAUCUCGCUUGAUGAUGUGAUUGAGAUCGCUAGGGUUAUGAGUCCCAGGUCUAUGGCUAAAGAUCUCAGUGGAACCGUCAAGGAGAUCCUCGGUACUUGCGUUUCUGUUGGCUGUACGGUCGAUGGUAAAGACCCGAAGGACUUACAGCAGGAAAUUACUGAUGGGGAUGUUGAAAUUCCCCAGAAUUGAGAGUAACUUUUCAUAUUGGAACUUACUUUGUAGUUUCAGUUUUGGGAUUUGAAACGUGUUUCUUUUUAUUGUCUUCAAAUGACUAUAUCUCCGGAUACAAUGAUUUAUUUAAUGUGGGAAAUAUUGCUUCGUUUCGGGGAUGGAAGCAUUGUGGUUCCGUUUUGAACUGAAGUUUAGACUGUUUUUUAUUCAAAUCGUUGCAUUUCCGGUUGUACUUUUUGAGAAUAGCCUUUUUUUUACUUCUUUAAUCUAUAAGCGCAGGGCAUUAAUUUUCA